AUGUUGAUUGAAGUUUACUACGGCAAUGCUUGUGUUUUACUUGUCAAUGGAAACUGUCGACCAAUACAUUUAAUAAAUUAUAUUCGAACUCAUUGUUGUUUAUCAUCAUCAUUGAAAUUCGAUUUAUGUUUAUUAAAUACUGGAGAACCAUUUCAUCUUUCAUCAUUGGAUUCAAAAUUUAUUUCAUCUGAACGACGUCGUUUUCCAUCACAUGUUCGUUGUGUAUUAACGCAAAUUGAUGAAGAAGGAACAUAUAUUCCUUUAUUAAAUGACUCAACAUUAAUAACAAAUGAAUUUUUAUCGAAACUAAGAAGAGCAACAGGUGCAAAAGUUACAUCAAAAAUAGUUUCAAAAUCAGGAAAACAAUCAACAAAUUCACCAGAUGGUGAAGAAAAAAGACGUCGAACUCUUAAAUCAUUAGUUAUUGCUGCUUCUGUUAUGAGCAAAAAUAAUCAUUAA